AACACUUUACCAGGAGAAUAAUAAGACUAGGGUUUCGUUCAAUUAGAAUAGGAAUAUAUUUCCUUUGAAUUGCUAAGGUUCGGCCAUCUGAUUCAGCUACAAUUGAGUAAUCUCUUCUGCUCUCUCUUCCUCUCCCUCUCUACAUCGUUCAUGGCGAACACUGCUACGAGGUCGUUUUUGCAGGUGGCGGCGACGGAGGAGGCGACUACGCCUCUCAGAGUCGUUCAGAUUGAAGGACUGGUUAUUUUGAAGAUAAUAAAGCAUUGCAAGGAGUUCUCUCCCGCUCUGGUUACUGGGCAGCUUCUUGGGUUGGAUGUUGGCAGUGUUCUUGAAGUUACUAAUUGUUUCCCAUUUCCGAUUCGUGAGGAAGAUGAAGAGAUUGAAGCGGAAGGUGCUAAUUACCAGCUUGAAAUGAUGAGAUGCCUGAGAGAGGUUAACGUUGACAACAAUACUGUUGGAUGGUAUCAGUCAACUUUGUUUGGUUCUUUCCAGACAGUGGAAUUGAUAGAGACCUUUAUGAAUUACCAGGAAAAUAUAAGACGAUGUGUCUGCAUCAUUUAUGAUCCAUCAAGAUCUAACCAAGGCGUCCUAGCUUUGAAGGCACUGAAACUUUCUGAUUCAUUCAUGGAGCUUUACCGCAGUAAUAACUUCACUGGGGAGAAGUUGAGGGAGAAGAAUCUUUCAUGGGUGGAUAUCUUUGAAGAGAUCCCUAUUAAGGUUUCAAAUUCUGCUCUUGUCAGUGCUUUUAUGACUGAGUUGGAGGCUGAUACUCCUGUCACACAGUGUGAUUAUGACAGGUUGCAGCUGUCAACUAGUCCAUUUCUAGAGAGAAAUGUGGAGUUUCUGAUUGAAUGUAUGGAUGACUUGUCAAUGGAACAACAGAAGUUUCAAUUUUACUACAGGAAUCUCUCUCGUCAACAAGCGCAACAGCAGGCAUGGCUUCAGAAAAGAAGGGCUGAAAACAUGGCCCGGAAGAAUGCGGGGGAAGAACCAUUACCCGAGGAGGAUCCUUCAAAUCCCAUCUUCAAGCCUAUCCCUGAGCCAUCAAGAUUGGAUAGUUUUCUGAUAACAAAUCAAAUUGCUAACUAUUGCAACCAAAUCAACGGAGUGGCUGGACAAAGCUUUAGCAGGCUAUAUCUGAUGAAAGCUCUUCAUGAGAACUAAAUGAAGGCAUCUCAAAAGCUGGUUGUGGUCAAGCUAUUGCUGCUCAUGGUCUUGUAGUAUACCAGACAACGCGAUAAUUGUUGCAUGGCAUGGUAAAAUGGAAUUUUUUGGUCCUGUGGGUCUGUCUUUUUUUUUUUAUUUGGCUCGUUUGCAGCAACCUUUUGAUUUCUUAUGCGGCGCUUACUAGUCGUCAGACGACAAGAAGGUAAUCCAUGAGCUCUAGAAUAGAUUUCUGAUGUAAUAGGAAAUACUUCAUAUCCUGUUGUUUAUAAUUGAUAUUUGGAUCCAUGCUGUUCUGCUGCAUGUAUUUUAUUCUGUGGUCUAAUUUUAUUUUUAUGCAUUCUACCAUUUUGUU